UUUCCAACAUGGCGGCUCCCCAGGACGUCCACGUCCGGAUCUGUAACCAGGAGAUUGUCAAAUUCGACCUGGAGGUGAAGGCGCUUAUCCAGGAUAUUCGAGAUUGUUCUGGACCCUUAAGUGAGCUUACUGAACUGAAUACUAAGGUGAAAGAAAAGUUCCAACAGUUAAAACACAGGAUCCAGGAGCUGGAGCAGUCAGCAAGGGAGCAGGACAAGGAGUCAGAGAAGCAGCUUCUACUGCAGGAAGUGGAGAACCACAAAAAGCAGAUGCUCAGCAACCAGACUUCAUGGCGGAAAGCCAAUCUUACGUGCAAGCUUGCCAUUGACAACUUGGAGAAGGCAGAACUUCUACAAGGAGGAGACUCCUUACGGCAAAGGAAAACGACCAAAGAGAGUUUGGCCCAGACCUCCAGCACCAUCACAGAGAGUCUCAUGGGGAUCAGCAGGAUGAUGUCCCAGCAGGUGCAGCAGAGCGAGGAGGCUAUGCAGACUCUAGUCAGCUCUUCUCGGACUCUCCUGGAUGCAAACGAAGAGUUUAAGUCCAUGUCAGGAACCAUCCAGUUGGGCCGGAAGCUCAUCACAAAAUACAACCGCCGCGAACUGACGGACAAGCUUCUCAUCUUCCUCGCCCUGGCCCUGUUCCUUGCCACGGUCCUCUAUAUUGUGAAAAAGCGCCUAUUUCCAUUUCUGUAAGCGAGAGCUGCCAGCUUUGACAUGUGCAUUCCUGCUUCAGAACCUGAGGCUCUCAAGGACUGGUCGGGCUGUCGCACUGGGCUUCCCCUCUCCCUCAGGUGCUCAGUGAAUCCAACAGAGGGAAAGUCAGCAGCGAAGCUUCCUGUCAGAGGGCUUGGAAAGGGUGUGUGGACUAGAGGAGACCGGAACCUCCAGGACGGAGGCACUCCACACUCACCCAGAUUCCAAGGACUGCGGCUGCCUCCUAGAGUACUUCAGCUCUGGGACUUGGUGCACUUCCUCUCUCUUGCCUGUCCAGAGGUUCUGGAUCUGGUGGAGGGAAGAGAGGAGAGGCCUGUGGGAGGGAAGGUGACUGCAGCUCAUGGCUGUUCCCUGAAUAAACCUCAUUUAUUUAAUGGA